GUAAUCAGCCAGCCAUCACUCGUGCCGGAAGCCCGUGGGUUGGAUUUGUAAGUCGCGAUUUUCGAGCCCGAGGAAAGGACGGUUUGCAGUUUUCCUUUUCCCAGCAUGAUUUCAGUCAUUAAGCGUUCCGUAAUAGUUGUGCAUUUUUAGUCUCGACUCCUCUGUUACUUCAUCUUUUCAGACCUUUCUGCUCUUCCGUGAUUUAUCUCAAGUGCGACAGUUGAUUCCUUUCGCGUAGGGACCGCGCGGUUCGCUUUUCAGUGUUUUCGCUUGGUUUUCGGAGAAUCGCGUUGUGUUAUUCCUGCAGUGAACGUCUCUUUGUUACUCUCAUGGAUACAGUUUAAGUGGUGCUUCUACCCCCUAACUUAGUGUCUUUUUUUCUUCUCGACUUACGGUUCCACAUCCCUCGAAUACCUCAAGAUUCAAUGGUCAAGGAAUGUCGAGACUUGUUGCUCACCUAACCUCUGCCAUGUGGUCUUGAAUCACAACUUGGAUGUACACACAAAACUGCAUUUGAUGAAAAUAGUAUUCUGGUGCCAAAGUUUUCCUAGACACAAUGGCAAGCACAGAAACUGAGUAUCCUACGCUAGAAGCGAAGAAGGUAUCUGAAAAUGGGGUCCGGAGUGGUAACGACGAUAGCACAGAGGGAGACAUUAGUGAGAAGCAGCCUUGCUUGGAUCCUAAAACGAACGAAGUCAAUAACGCUACGAAAUUAGAAGAUGAUACAGAUAAAUCGGUUAACUUUCAAGUCGAAAGUAAUUCCAAAAAGCACAAGUACAAGCCUAACAAAAGUGUAUUUAAAAGUAAAAAUUCACGCAAUCAAACUGGAAGGUUUCCAUUUAGUUUCAAUUUUUCUCUCGCUAAAGUCCAAAAUUAUGUUCAGACCAAAACAGGCAUGAACACGUGGUGGAGUGUUGUUUUUGUGUUACUUGCGUUAUUACUUCUAUUCUUCCUGAUCUUAAGUAUUGUCAUGACUGCUCUCUACUGGAGGUCACAGAUGGUAUUUCCAGUUUGCAAAACAACUGCUUGUCUUCGAGCCUCAGCACAGAUCUUACCGCAGAUGAAUUUCAACGUCUCCCCGUGUGACGAUGUGAAAAAUUUCGCAUGCGGAUCCUGGCUCAAUUCGAAACCUCUUCCUCCCUUCAAAAGUAUUUGGAAUUCCAAGCAGAUUCUUCAGUAUCAGACUCGAGAGAAGAUCAGGGAACGAAUCGUGACGCUGUCGAAUCUGGUCACUCGCACAGCCCCGUGGAAGAUCAAGCACUUGUAUGAAUCCUGUAUGAACUUGGAAAACGUGGAAACCGAUGCAGAAAUGCCACUCACCAAAAUUCUCUCAGAGUUAGGUGGUUGGAAAGUAAUGAGAGACGUGGAAAUCAAAACCUGGGACUUGGUGAAAACCAUGAGAAUUUUGCAUUCUGUUUACCGCAUAUCUCCUUUCUUUGAAAUUUCUUUGACGCCUGAUCCUGAAUUCCCUUCAAAACAUGUCAUACAGGUGCUUCCUGCAGGCCUUGGUCUCCCAUCGAAAGUUUACUAUGAACACCAUAAUUCUCCUGUUGCAUCAGCAUACAAGCAGUUUAUGAAAGACGUCACUUUGAAACUUAAUGCAAUCAGCACUGAUGCUAGAACUUUUUCCGAGGACAUGUUCGGAUUUGAAAAAAGGAUCGCAGAAAUUAUGCCCGACAGUAUUCAUCCUUUAAACAUAACUGUCUACAACAAAAGAAUUACAGUUGGAAAGCUGAAAGAAAUCGCUGCCAUGGUUCCUCUUCAAGAAAUUUUGAUUGCAAAAUACCCCAAUGCACAAAUUGACGACAAUACUCAACUUAUUGUGCCUCAUGUUGAAUACCUACAAGAGAUCUCAAAAAUUAUCUCAACAACUGAUCGAGGGUCACUUAACAAUUACCUCCUAUGGAAACUGACAUCAGAAUAUGUUGGCUACCUAUCUGAAUCUUUUCAAGAGUUGGUAUCCAUUUACAAGAAAACUGUCACAGGAGAGGAGAAAAUUCCGGAAAGAUGGGAAUUUUGUAUUGAAACAACUGAAAAAUUCAUGAGCUUUGGCCUAUCUGUCCUACUGGAAAAUAGCACCGAAGACAAAGACCUGAAAACCAAAGUUGUAACUGACACAUUUCACAAUAUCAAAAACACAAUUAAAAAUAGUGUUGAAGGAAGAAAGUGGCCGGGAAAAGAACUGCAAAGCCAUGUUUUGGAAAAGCUGUCAUCAUUGUCCUUACAAGUUGGUUACUCACCUUCUAUGACGGGUAGUGAGUAUUUAAACGAGUACUACAACAAACUAUUUAUUGUGAAGAACAAUUUCUUUACAAAUGUACUCAAAGGUAUGCUGUUUCUCCAAGAAGAAGAACAAGCUCGUCUCAUCUCCACAGCAGAAGAAUAUCGAUGGAUUGAUAUCAUGUCAGCAUCUGUACCAGCAAUAGGGUACUCAAUUCCAGCCAAUAAAGUCAUCGUCCCGCAUUCACUACUGGUGGAGCCUAACUUUGAUGCCAAUUAUAUGUUACCUAUCCUCUAUGGUGGUUUUGGAGUCGAAUUAAGCGCUGCUAUACUUUCGUCGGUGACACCGUGGGGAGUUCUUCAUAGUCGAGAUGGGACCCUACUCAACCCAGAAUAUCCAGCUGUGAAUCAGUCAUAUGCGUAUGUUACCAAAGCUCAGAUAUGCUUGUCCACUACCUUUGCUAGCAAAGUCAUUUUGAAUGCUGGCCGAUCUAUUCUAGAGACACCAUAUCAAUACUCAACGCUUUUAGCUAUUUCAGCGCUGGAUCAAGCUUUUAAGGCUUUAAAAUUCGAGCUGAGUAAAUCGACACGGAUGUAUCAACCAGCAAUGGAAUCAUACAAUAGUGAAGCCUUAUUUUUCAUCACAUAUGCUCAGUCCAUGUGCACAGUGAAAACUACAGAGCGGAAGAAUUUAGAUCACACUCUUGACACUUCAUUGGAAGACUCUCAGUUGCUAGAAGUGGCUCUUGGACAGGUGAAGGACUUUUCGAGCACGUUUGGAUGCGAUUCAGAAUCCAAGUAUUUUGCUCAAGACGUGUGUGAAGUAAUGCUGUAGGCAUCAUCAUGCCUAGAAAAAGGAUUUGGCUCUGAAUCUCAAGGUUCUGUAGCUCUUUAAGACUUUUAUCAUCUCCCCGCAGAAGGGUUUCCUAAACUCUCAGAGUUCAAUCGGGUGCUGAAAAUAAAUCUUCCCGAAAGUAGCACUUUCCGAAAUCAUUUCUAAGACUUUUUAAUUGAUGACAUGACAUAAUACUGUCAGUAAUUUCAGGGAAGAGAGUUUCCUUGCUAAAAGUAUUUUCUUAUGAAUGUCCUCACUUGCAUCAGGUGCCAACGCUUGAUAGCAUCUGGAAAAAAUUUGUUUUCUAAAGGACAUUAUCGCCAAUCACUUUGAUAUUUUAGAAAUGAAACUAAAUAGCUUACAAAUUAUUUCUCCCUUUCAAAUUUCCAUUUUACUCAGUUGUUGACUCAAAAAGACAAGGAAUUUACCUUUUUACUUAGAAUGAAAGGUCGUCAUAUGUACAAACUGGUGAAAAAAUUUUGUGAUAUUUUUCUUUUAAACUAGGAACAGUAUUUAUUAUUUGUAUUACUUAACAAUUAUCUACUUAAUAAAAUGAAAAUUCAUGUACUUAAUGCGUUUACGUAUCAUAAGCUUCAUGGGGCCAGUUUUUUUGUGUGUCCCAAGCAUACUGGUAGUUUAGGCGUAAGUACAAAUGUAUUAUUGGAGUCAUAUUCCUUUCUAUUCCGCUGUCUCUGCUAGAUACUAGAAUUAUGAAUGUUGCAUUGUAUCUCUCAGAGACCUCCUCAUUUUUCGUAAAAGCAAAUUGGUAAAUUUUUCUAUUUUUCUAAUAUAAUGUAAUUAUUUAUCCUUUUUUUUUUAUUAUUAUUUUAUUUUUUGUUACGUACGUACUAUGUCCCAAUUUUUUGUUUGCUGGUCUCGGAAAUUAAAGUAUUUCAUUUGAUUAUGAUGAGAUUUGCAUUCCUUCAAUUAGGAGCUACCAUCUUGACAUGUGAUUUCAUGUAAUUGAUUACAUCUGUAGAACAUAAAUGGUUUUUUCUCUUAAACUUCAUCAGGGGUGAGAUUUGAUUAAAGCUCAACAAUAUCACUUGUUUCGGAAAGGGCAGACAUCUCAUCUAACUUGUAAAAAUUAAUUGCAAAUAAUUGGGGGUAUAUUAUUCCCUGAUAAGUGGCCUUGUUAAAGAAUUCCUCCUAGUCUAGACUGAAUUAUAUGACGCUUAUAAAACUUUAUAUUAUUGGUUUUCUGUAGUUAUUGCAUUUCAUUCAUUUGUUUUUUGAUUGCAAGGCUGUUUUUGCAUAAAGAAAUUCGUUUUUGCCUUAAUUUUUCAACCAGUGAGUAAUUUUUGCUUAGUUGUUUCCUAUUUGUAUCGGCAUGCCCUUGUCUAUUUUAAUAUUUGUCAUAUUUUUUAAUCUGUGGAUAUUUUUUAAAUUUUUUAUCGGUAACUUUAAAUUAGUGAUAAUUUCAUUAGAUUGGUUUCUCAAAAGACAGUAUUUGUAAAGUAUGUGUAGGUAAAAAAUGAGGAAAAAGUAAGCGAAAGUUGGUUCAUCACCCAAGUCUUGACUCUUGUAAGUGAGGUGCUAUUUUUUUUUAACCAAUCACUAUUUAGCGGCCUCUCAUUUAUUCCAAUUAUCACCCAACGCAAUAAUUAAGUGGAAAUAAUAUUUUUUCUGCUAGCUUUUCUCAGAUUUUUUCCUCCUUUUUUUUCAAAGGUAGUAGGUUUUUUAUUCCUUCAUUCAUUUCACUGAAAGAAAUUUUUUUUAAUUACGAUGAUGUAAAAUGUGAAGGAUUUUGUGGAUGAUAAAAAUGGAAACAUUUGCAGUUAAAAAUGUAUUCGGACGCUUACAGCAAAAAUGAACUUAUCUAAACCUAUUAGGUUGAAUGUCGGUUGGAAAACGUCUGCUUUAGCUUUCAAAAGUCUAAUCCGUAAACAUGACCUGAUUAUAAAUUUGCUUUUUCAUUUGUGCUAGUUUACAAAUGUUCCAAAAAUACAUGUUCCUGCAUUGGAUUUAUAGCUGUAUUUUGCGAAAAUGAAAGGAGAAAAAUAGCUCGCUCUGUCGUUCGAGAGGCCUCAAACAUUUAAUAUUUUAUCUACAUUGUAGCUGCUUCAGAACUACCUUCUUUUUUGAAAAAAUUAUGUUGCCUUAGGCCAAGUGUGACUGACACCCCGAGGAAUAAAAUACCUAAGACUUUAUUUCAACUCAUAGUGAGUUUUUAUUUUUUUUUUUUCUUCCGAACUCAAAAAUCAUUGCUAAAUUUUCUCGUCCCCUUUGGAUAAGAACUUGUUGGUAAACAUUUUUGAAGGUAAUAAUGUAUUCAAGUCAAGUUUUUUGGCUUAUUUAGAUUGUUAAUGCUCGCUAUGACAUUUAUUUUAGACAGUAUUCUUUUGUGAAAAUCAUUUCCUCUAAACAAUGUAUAUAAGUGGCAAUAACAGUUUUGCCUGUAUAAUAUGUCUUAAAUUUUACCUGUAGGAUGAAUCAAUAUUAGAAGUGAACUGUGCCCAUUUUAUAAUGCAUACACUAAAGGCACUUGUAUCAGACUGAGUAAUACUUGUAAUUGUAAGCUACUUGAUACAGAUUUGAGAUGAGUAAGUUAAUUUAGGUACUCAAUUUGAUACAAAUUCAAAUAAAAUUGAAAAGAUAGAUCAGCUCCCCUAAAUUAGCAGAUCCAAAGAGUGGAAGGCCCUGGCUUUCUACAAGAAAAAUUUUCAAGUUUCAGAAAGAACAAAUCAAGAUUAUUGUUUUUUGUUUGUGAGCUUUAGUUCUAAUAGAAUGACCUGCAUUAAUUGUACGGCUGAUAUUUCUAUGUCAGACUCAGAGAUACUUAUCAAGUUUCAAUGCCUAAUCAGCUGUAAGAUGAUGCCUGCUUCCAGAUCUCUUUAGUUUCUUUGCCAUGGGAGUAUAUGCGCUGGAGAGCAACUAACAAUGACAAUCAAGUUUUUUUUAAUUAUUGGUAUUCUUCAGCGGUCAUCAGAUGAAAACUGAUUGUUUACAAGGAGCUAAUAUCAGCUAUCUUUCCCUGAAAAAUCUCUUUUGAAAACCCUAAAUUUAAACUAUUACCAUCCAAACAUUAACUUUGCCCUCUACUUCCAAUUAAAAAUGAUUUUUGGGCUUUGCAAAGUAUUGGUUAAUUUCUUUUAAGGUUUCAAAAAUGAUCUUUUUUAUAGCUGAGAUGUGCUCCUCACUGAAGUAAUGUCUUUCGCUAAUCAUACAAAAUAAAGUAUAUUCUUUUUUUUUCUUUUUUUUAAAUAUUUUGAUGUUUGUUCACUUCUCGUAUGGAUUUAUCUUUCAAUGAAUCGUUUGUACUUAAGUUUCAUGAAAAGAUCAAGACUGUUUGUAAAUAAACUUCUCUUUUUUAUUGGUACCUAAUUUUAUAACAUUCAUUUAAAAAUACCAUUUUUCAUGUUUUUAAUUUUUGUAUACAUACUUACAACAAUUUUAUCCUCCCAUUGUAUUAAUGUACUAAGCCUUCAUUAUUGCCUCCAUACUUUCAUGGAAUAAUCCAGAUGAUAACCCAUUAAUCAUUAGAUAUUGGAUAUCAGAUAUGCAAUUAUCAUUUUAUCUACAUAUUUGUAAAUGAUAUCACAAGUGAAAUAAGGCCUAGGUCCUUACAGGUAAGAACCCAAUUGACGUUUUGUGAGCAAGUAUUAUUGGAUCUCAUCCACAAGCUUGUGUGCUCAAAUAAUUAAAUCUGCUACUGUGAGUUAAAAAAUUUGAUUUUCUCCCUUAAAAAAACACCAAGUAGUGGCCCAUCUUGGGUUCCUCUGGUAUUAAUAGGUUUAUCAUGGUAGGAGGAAAACAAGUAUGGAUAUAGAACCAAAUUGCCUCUGAUUGGCCUGUCUGACUUGGAAGCUUGUCUACAGGAGCUUUCAGCUUUGUCAAUUUGUUGGAAUAGGACUAUCCAACGCAUAGUUUGUGUGUAGAGCUCUGCCAAAUAGAGGUAGAUCAAAUUGCUAUAUCACAACUGAAGGAUUUCUUUUCCCAUGAUGGUUUGCUGCAGCUGUCUAUACCUUUUCUUUUACCAUGGAGUCCAUAAUAUGAGGAGAUUAAAAGUCAAUCAGCACAAUAAUAAGAAAUUCAAGUUUCAGAAGGUAACUCAAAUAUUUAUUGGCGUAAAACUGAUAAAAAAGAGUGUUGAGUGCAAGCAGUAGCUUGGCUCCUUUUUUGCCACCUCAAUCUUUAUAUUUUCCUAAAAAUAUUGUCAAAGAUGUGCUCAACGGUUUUUACUUUUAAGACUUCAAUCCAUUAAAUUUUGAAUAUUUUUAAGGCAAUAAUAUGAUUCUUUAAUUGUGUACAAGAAUGUAAGAUAACCUAAUUCAUCUCGCCCAGUUACUUACUUCAGAAGUAAGGAAUCAACGUUUCAUUUGUAUUGUAUUUUUACUUAUCAAACCAGUGCGUUUAACUUACUCACUGAGGAAAUAAGUGUCUUAUCUCUUCAAGUUUUUGCUUGUCUUUUUGUAUUUAACUUAGCAGACAAUAUGAAAAGAUUGUCUCACCCGUCCGGUGUUGCUUUUGCUCUUUUAGUCUGUGAAGUUAAAUUUUUUUCUAAAAGUUCACACAUGUUUGUAAGUAAAGAUAUUACAUAUCCUGAACGAUUCUCAGCCUUGUUGGUUACUGACUCGUAUCAAAGCCUAUUGUGAGUCGUUUACUGUUUAUUUUCGAUAUUUAGCUAUCUAUUUCCUCUGAGCUUUUUUUUCUUUAUUUUUAAGGAAACUGUUCUUUGUUCAAUAUUUCAUCCGUCCUGUUUUAGUGCAACAUGAACUAUUCCUUUUGUUCAUUGAUACUGGUGCAUAAUCUAAAAUACACUCUGAGGUGUAGAAAACAUUCAUUUUAAGUACUUUUAAAUAAUGUAGAUUGUGUAAAAAAGUUAAGAAAUAAACUUGUAAUUUUUUCCUUUUA